UGUAUGGUAAGGUUGGUACCUGACCAGACAGGUUGAGUUUUGCACACCGCACUGCCUUCGGGACCCCUCUGCUGCUGCGUGCUGUAAACCAAUGCCUGUGGUAGGAGAUAACUUGGGUAAUUAAACGUCACUUUACCGACAAUAUGACAGGUAACUGUUACUAUAUCCUGAGGAUGCAGCCAAGGAAUACAUGCGACCCCCCACUUCCGUCUUUCCAGGGUAGUGCUGGCAACUGGCAUGCUCCUCUUUUUUAGUUGUUGUAACGCUUAACAUAUACGCGUUUGGAUGCUGCAACACUUGGCGUAGAGUUCGUUUUAGCUGCUGGUGGAUGACCGAGCACUACUUGCAACGCUUGUCCUAAAAGGCCUCCCCUGUUUGGGGGACGCCGCUGUCACAAAUGGCGUUCCUCGCUCGAUGCAUUUCGGGCAACUCCUUGAAGGGAAUGGUGCGCGGCGAGGCGGAAGAGGAUGAUGCCGGGGGCUCUGGUAGCACCACCCCAAAUGAUACUACCCACGGCAGUAAUAAAUUCUCCAGCUAUUCCUGGAAGCGCCUGAGCGCUAAGUCUAGGUCAGCCCUUAACUCCCCUAACAAGCCACACACUCCACCGUCCUCGGCGGCAAGCAACGAUGGAAACGGACAGCUUCCUCAUUGCAUGGAGCCAGUAAUGGAGCGGACGUUUAGCGCUUUGACGGACAUGGAGGCUGUAAAAUUCCUGGUUGAGGACUGGCCGCAUAAACAUUGGAGACCAGCAACUCCUCAGGACCAGGACAUAUUCGACCGGCUGGAGCAAACCGACAUCAAGCCGCUCGUGGCCCUGGGUGAGGGCGCCUACGGCUCAGUCAACCUCUGCCGCAUUAUAGCCAACCAACCCCAACCCAGACCCCGCAACCCCUCCCACUGCCGGAGCGCCUCAGCGGCCGCCAUCUUCGGAGCCGUCGGCUCCUCCAGUAUGCACGGAGCCAGCCGCACCGCGCACAGCGCCAGGGCCGCCAGCAGUGGGGGCGAGGACCCUGCGCCGGCGACUGCAGGCUCCCCAAGCAAAACCUCCGCGGCCGGCAGCGCUCGAAGCUCCUGCUCGGGACCCAACAACCAACUCAACCCACAAGGCCAGCCAGGCAGCAGCAGCUGCUGCGGAGGUGCUGCUGCCCCGGCUGCUGCUGCUGCGGCGGCGGCUACUGCUGUCACCGCCACGGCUUCCAUUAGCGGCAUCGGCAGCGGCGCCGACGGUUCUUCUCCGUCCUCCAGCCCCUCUCCUUCUUCUUCCUCUGGGGGCGCCAACGCCACCUCUGGCGGCGUCAUAGAAGCAGCGGAUCCCUCAUUAGCCCACAGCAGCUCCAAAUCUUCAGCUUCGGUCCCACCAUGCCAACCGCCUCCCGCCGACCUGGAGGAUGCUGCUAUCUCCGAGGUUGAGAUUGAGUUGUCACAUGAGCACCUUGCUGGAGAUGGCGAUGAGGGCGGGGAGGUGGAAGGCGGGGAAGGCGAGGAGGAGCGGCUGCUGCACCAGGUUUCCUCCGUGAACGACCCGCAGCUGAUUGUGGCUGUGAAGCGCGUGCCGCUGGGUUGGAACCAGGAGCGCGAGCUGAUGCAGCUGCACCGCUGCCAGCAGUGCGCCUUCAUCGUGCGGCUGUUUGGGUUCGUGGACGACGGAAUGGAGCACUGCAACUAUGUGAUGGAGUGGGCGGAGGGGGGCGACCUGGGGGCGGUGCUGGCGUCCCUGAAGGACCGGCGCGGCUCCAACAAGCAGCGGCUGCUCAUGUCGGAGGCCUCUGCGCGCUACUACAUGGGCUGCCUGCUGCUGGCCAUGGACUUUUUGCACACCAGCGGACUGCUGCACCGGGACAUCAAGCCCUCCAACCUGCUCCUCACCAGCGACGGCACUGCCAAGCUGGCCGACCUGGGCUUCACAGUGGCCCUGGACGCCAACGGUCAGACGGUUGGGUGCUGUGGAACCACCGGAUACAUCGCCCCCGAGGUGUUUGCGUACGGCACUGCCAAGAGCCGCAUGGCGUACGGCGUUACGGCAGACAUCUGGAGUGCUGGGGCGACGUUGUACCAGAUCCUGACGGGCCAGGUGGUGACGGAUAAGCAUGAGGAGGUGCUCAAGAAGGGGUGGAGGCCGCCCACACACGAGUGCUUCAGCCACUCCCUGCGGGAUCUCCUCAAUCGGAUGCUGGCUCCGAAACCCACUGCUCGGCCCCAGAGCGCCGCCUCCGUCAUGCGCCACCCCUGGUUCUCAGGGUUUGACUGGCAGGCGCUCAAGAGCGGUCGAAUGAAGGCGCCCUACGUGCCCAGCGAACGUCGCCGUUCGAGGCAAGUCGGCAACGACGUAACGCCAAGGCCCUCUGCAGCGGCAGCGCAGGAUGGCAACAGCUGCUGCUGUGGGUGCGGCAGCAAUCGCUGCCGUCGCGCCAGCAGCGGCCUCAGCGGCUGCUGCGGCUGUAGCAGCUGCGGCGGUGGCAGCGGUGGCUGUCGCGGAGGUAGCAGCGGCGGCGACAACGGUCCGCCAACGGCUUCGCCCGGCGGUCAACGGUUAUCAACGGUCAUGGAACGUCCCCCUGAACUGAUGGAGGGGGAGCUGCCGGUGCAGCGGAGUGCACUGUCGGGUCGGGAUGAGGGCAGCCGUUUCCGGGGGCGGGAUGGGCUUGUACGGGAGGGCUCUUCAUACGACACAGCUCUUGGCACGGUGAUGCCGGCGGGGGCGUGUGCAGGAGCUGACGGAGGCGGAGCUGGUGCCGUACAUGUGCCUGUCGCCGACGUGGCGGGGGUGGCGCCGCCGCCGCCGGCAGGGGCGGGGGCAGCACAGGCACAUGGACACGGGCAUGCCCACGGCAUGUCAGUGCGGUUUGCGAUUGGUGUGGCUAAUUGCGCGUGAGAGGGGACAGCUCUUGACGGCACUUGUGAUGUGAGGUAUGGUUGCAUGUAUGGGGCUAUGGGGGUCACAUGUACGCAUCCAACGGCAUCGACUUGUGGCAAGGGAGUGCUCUGUUGGAGGCCUUGGCAGAGCGGUGAUGUGCGCAGGUAACAUUGCGAAAUGUGGUUUGCGUGGAGAGGCUUAGGUACUGCAUUAGAUGCAUGGCUUAUGUGGGUGAGAGUAGGUUACAAAAGCAGCGGCAGCGUGACUAGUUUUGACAGCGUACAUAGAGCAGACUGACCGGCGUGGUGAAAUGGGUGACCGCCCUGCAUUUGCUUAUAAGUCCCUGUAAUUAGCCGUUUGGGGGUUCCAGAGUCUUGGAGGAGGAGGCUGAUGCGGUUCGGUAAGGGCAGUCUGACCGGCGUGGUGAAAUGCUCAGAACCCGGCCUGCGGCGUUGUCUGCUAUUUAGGUAGACGGGGUUCUGAGAUGGAAAGCUGCCAGCACAUGUGAAGUGCAUGAAAUGACUGGCUGCUGGAUUGGUCGUAUCCGCGGAUUCCCUGUCAUAUGGAUAAAGGGGACGGCAGUGGAAGAUCGAGAGGUCUGGUUGGUUGGUUACUUGCAUUUUUUGCUAUGUUGCUUGCUUGGUUUGCGUGUUUGGUAUACCAGUAGCGUGCGUUAUGUGGGUCCGUGAAAUUGAGAAAUCGAGGAUAUACCAACACCUGUUUGGUCUCUUCAUGCCGUGGUCCCUGGGUUGGCUUGUUGGUCUCAUCUCAUCUGCGCCAGAAGUGUGCUUUGUAGUAAGGUCCAUUAUAUAAGGUCCAUAAGAGAUAAGUAGGGAAGUCGUGUUGGCCUAACCUGGUGGAGAAGAUCGUGUGAACGAUGUAAUGUGUCAAGAUGGGGGGGCUGCUGGGUUUUAUUCCUUUACAAGCGUAUUGUGGGUAACGUGGGUCGACUUUGUAUUCUGGCGGACUCGUGUUAGCAGCGACUGGUGACUGAAAAUCUCCGCAUUCAGGGUACGGAGGUUAGCUGCCGUACAGGCCUUAUCGUCGCUGCCGUACAGGCGGGACACCCCCCCUUCCUGCACCCUGAUUGUACGGAUGGUGUGUAAGGCUGUGAGGAAGCACGUCUUUGGUGGGUGGCAUGCAACGCCGCUAGAGGUUGCAUGCAAUAAGGCCGCUCGGUACCAGUGAUGGUGCGAUUGCUGCAUUGUGGUGAUGGUGGUUUGCAUAUCCGGGCUCGUGCCCGUCAUUUCCUGCUUGGAGGGGCCGGAUGCGUUGGUCUGGUGCAGCAAGGAAAGUCAUGUCCAGAUAGGGGCCAUUUGUGCGGGCCGGAAGAUACUUUUGCUCCUUUGGUGGCCGGACUUUCGGGAAGAUGAGGAGAAGCAGAAGAUAUGUCCGCAUGUCGCCUUGCUAUGGCCAAGGUUAUGUCGUUCGGGUCAGGAUUCGACACGGGACCUGUUGUGUGUGUAGCUAGGAGGUGUGCGGUUCUGGUGGCGGUGUUGUGAGGGGUAUCUGCGGAGUUGAGUUCUUUUCUUUGGUCCUCCAUGAUGACUUAUGCUGGUAGGGGUCGUGGCGCUGUAUUUCGGGUUUUGUACGUUUCUAUGGUGGCUGCUGCUACCGGGUCGCCUGCUCUCCGCGGUUUACUAUCAUUCUUUUAGGGAUUGCUCACUUGCUACGAGGAGUGGCGUUUUGAAUGCAGCCGGACCGGAGCGUGUAGUCGUGGGGAGGGGUUUUAUGCCGCUCGUCGCCGUUUUGCUCUUCGUGUCGCCUAAUGUCCCUCUGUUGGACUGGGGCAAGUACCUGGCGAGGCCUUCGCCCCCCGCUGCUACCGACUUUGCCACAAUAACAACUUCGGACAAGGUAGCUAGGGAGGCCGGGAAGGACUCCUCCCCUAUCGUCCACUAUCACGCGAUCAGGGCGCGAACGCGGACACACCGGGUCUUAAGCGGGAACAAUGACCCCGGGGUCAGGGCGCAAUUUUGGAAUGCAACGAAUGAAUGCGGCUGUUUUCGAGGACGCCUAGCUAACUGUCUGGCCUGGUUAGCAGUUGUAGUUUAAUGCCGUUUGUGUUACCAAGCGUCUAUGUGUGUGGCAAGGACGGUCGGUUGGUUGGCGCUGUGUUUGUUUGGCCUGGACUUCAAGCUGCGGCAGAAGGGACGCUACCCAGAAUAAUAGCAGCUACGCGUGAUGCAGUGGUAGAUAGAGCGGCCUGACAAUGACUACCGGUAUUGACGGUUAAGGGUGGAUAGAUAGGCUUUCCUCAACAUUCGAAGCUAUGUUUGGUACUGCUAAUACAAACUGUUGGACCUCUUUAUGAAUUUCUUUCUUAGGCGCCAUUACCACUUAACCAGGUGCAACCUAGCAACUUUUGACACUCAAUGUUGCACCCGGCCAUGGCUAGAACAUAGCCGUUCAGAUUAGGGGAGUGCUUCACACUUUGUAAUUACGUUGACAGGUGGCCGCUUGUACUGAGAUCGCAUACACGCGGUAGCCUAAGUGGGCGUAUGAGGCUGUGAUAAGAACAACG